AUGAAAUUGGAACAACCCAACAUAAUCAAACAGAAACUGAAGCAGUGGCCGAGGCAGAAAAUGGAAAAAACAAUGAAAUUGGAACAACCCAACAUAAUCAAGGUACACACGAAGGAAGUUGGAAAACUUAUGAAAGAAGAAGGAGGAAGGAAGUAGAGCCUAGCACAGCUCCACCGCAAAGCCAUGAGUCUCACCAGAUUCCAGAAAAUGAAAUCCCUACAGGUAACGUUGUCCCAAACUCUAAACUCCUUGUGAAUCUUGACACUGUUGAUAUUGAUAUUCCUAUUGCUGUAAGAAAAGGGGUGAGAACUUGCACUCAACACCCUAUUGAGAAUUGUGUUUCCUAUGGAAAAUUAUCACAAAACUACAGAUCAUUUGUAGCAGCCAUUGACAACAUAGAAAUUCCAAGGAAUGUUCAAGAAGCUCUACAGAAACCUGAAUGGGCAGCAGCUGUAACUGAAGAAGUCCAAGCACUGGUAAAAAAUGGCACAUGGGAAAUCACCACAAUACCUGAAGGGAAGAAACCAGUGGGAUGCAAGUGGAUCUUUUCGGUUAAACACAAUGCUGAUGGGAGUAUAAACAGGUACAAGGCCCGAUUAGUUGCAAAGGGAUUUACACAAUCAUAUGGAGUGGACUAUGAAGAGACCUUUGCACUUGUGGCAAAACUCAACUCAGUUCGGGUCCUAUUAUCAUUGGCAGCAAAUCUAAAUUGGCCCCUACACCAAUUAGAUAUAAAGAAUGCCUUCCUAAACGGUGAGCUAGAAGAGGAGGUGUAUGCAAAUACCUCCCGGGCUUGAAUCACAUGACACCUCAAACAUGGUAUGCAAACUCCAUAAAUCCCUCUAUGGCUUGAAACAAUCUCCAAGAGCAUGGUUUGAUAGACUAACAAGAGUUGUCAGGGAAGAUGGCUUUGCCCAAUGCCAAACAGACCACACUAUGUUUGUUAAGCACUCUCCGGAGGGAAGAAUAGCCUUAUUUAUUGUCUAUGUUGAUGAUAUUGUUAUUACAGGAGAUGAUCAUGAUCAAAUCAGCCACCUCAAGAGUAUCUUAACCGAAGAAUUUGAAGUCAAAGAUUUGGGCCAACUCAAGUACUUUCUAGGAAUGGAAAUUGCUCGGACAAGGGAUGGUAUUUGUGUUUCUCAAAGGAAAUACACUUUGGAUUUACUCAAAGAAACAGGGAUGCUUGGAUGCAAAGUUGCCAAUACUCCGGUAGAACCCAUGAAACAAAGUGAAGAAGAAAGUGUACCUUCUGAUAAGGAUAGAUACCAAAGCUUAGUUGGAAAACUAAUCUAUUUAACUCACACUAGACCAGAUAUUGGUUUUGCUGUGAGCCUGGCUAGUCGCUACAUGACCAACCCAACUGAGACUCACAUGAAGGCUCUAAAUAGAAUCCUUCAAUACCUAAAGGGUACACCUGGCCGCGGGCUCUAUUUCCAGAAGAGCCACAACCAGGGAAUUGAAGUUUAUACCGACUCAGAUUGGGCAGGGAGUUUAUCUGACAGGAAAUCCACCACAGGCUAUUGCACCUUUGUAUGGGGAAACUUGGUAACAUGGAGAAGUAAGAAACAAUCUGUGGUCGCUAGAAGUAGUGCAGAAGCUGAAUUCAGAGCUAUGGCACAAGGAAUUUGUGAAGGGAUUUGGCUCAAACGAAUGUUGGAUGAGAUCAAAAUUCCUACUAACUACACUAUGAGAAUACUUUGUGACAACAAGGCAGCUAUAAGUAUUGCAAAAAACCCGGUUCACCAUGAUAGAACAAAGCAUGUGGAAAUAGACAAACACUUCAUUAAGGAGAAAAUUGAUCAUGAGAUCAUAAGUGUUAACCACAUCUCAUCAAACAGACAAGCAACAGACAUUCUAACAAAAGGCACUUUCAAGGCACACAUACGAAACUAUCAGGUCCAAUCUGGGUAUGAUAGAUAUCUACCACCCAGAUUGAGGGGGAGUGUUGAAGAUUGGCGCUAAUUAAGGAGAAUCAAUAGAUUCUGUUUUGUACAGUUUUAUGACAGCUUUAUGUCCAUUAAAUAUAGAUUAGUAUUAGCUAAUUCAUAGCCUUUCCUAUCUUAUUAAUUAGCAAUUAUGAGGAGAAUAACUUCCCUAAUUCCUAGGCUAGAUCAGCGCCCAGCCUUAAUCUCCUAAUCUGUAUAAAUUCUGCUUUGUAUUAUUGUAAAGACAACAGAAAAUAAAAUAAGAAAAUUCCGCAAUUUGUUCCUGAUUUAGGAUUGAGUCUAUAUAUCUCUAUAAAUAGAGAUUAAUAUUGAGUCUUUUGUAAUCAAGUUAGCAUAAAGCUAUUAUCAAUAAUAACCCUUAUUAUUUUCUCUCCUCCUUUUAUCUAAAAUCCCACAACUUCAACAGUUGUUAAAACUUCUCUUUAUUUUAAUAGAUCCCAACUGUUAAAGAAUUUACAAGAAUGAAAUUGGAUUGUGAAAAACUAUUUUUAUUAACCUGCCAUCUUAAAUAAUAAAAACUUUGAAGAAUAAUAAGGCAGUCUCUUUUAAUUCCCAACGCAAUCAUCAUAUAGGAAAGAAAAUCAUAUAGCACAAGUUCAGGUUAUAUGUCAACUCACAAAACUUGCUAAGAAACAAUAGAGUUGCACAAUAAAUCUUGUUUUCAAAUUAAUAAAAUGAAAAAUUUUCAAUCAUGUUCUAUCAUAGUGCCAGCAGCAAAGUUGAAACACACACACAACACAAAUAACAGAAUCUUCAUAGCUGUACCUUUUUCAGUAUAAUGUUGUGAAUGGACUUCAAUGGGCUCAAAAGCAGGAGAAAAUAUUGUUUCUAAGUUUUCUGUACAGGGAUUGGUCAGUUC